AUGAUCAGACGCACUCCUACCUUCAUUCCAAUUCCUGAGGCCGAGAUCAGGGACGAGCUUCACAAAAUCAAGCUGGAGACGGGCAUGGAGCUCGAGAUGAGCGACUCGGACUCCAAUAAUCCCAGUGAAGUGAGCGAACUCAGCGAAGAACCAGCGCCAAUCCGGAAUAAAGAAAUUUAUGCUGAGUGGACCCCGAGAACUGGACUCUACGACCUUCGUACGAACGACGCUGCCGGUCCCGCUGCCUUUCUCACCAAACAAAGCCCCAGCACCGAGAAAACACCCGAACAGACAGGAGACCCAGGGCCUAAGCCCCUGGCCGUUCAACUGGGUCGCAGGAGAAUCACAACGCCUCUUUGA